AUGGCAGACGUUAUAGGCACACUUCUUCUGCCCAGUGUGUUUCUAUGUGUUUUACUGAUGCACCUCCAAGACACUGCUAAAAAACCCAACUUCAUCAUCAUAUUAGCGGAUGACAUAGGCUGGGGCGAUCUUGAUGCAAACUUAAAUCCUGAGGUUAGAAAGAACAACACUCCCAACCUAAACUGGAUGGCCCAGCAGGGACUCAGAUUCACAGACUUCCACUCUCCAGCCUCCACCUGCUCUCCGUCUCGUGCUGCGCUCCUGACCGGACGAUACGGCCUGAGAAACGGAGUGACCCACAACUUUGCCGUGAACUCUGUCGCCGGCCUGCCUUUGUCUGAGGUCACCUUUCCUCAACUCCUCCAAGCUGCCGGCUACCACACUGCUAUGAUCGGCAAGUGGCAUCUGGGCCAUAACAGACCGUACAGCCCCACCAACAGAGGGUUCAGUUAUUACCUGGGCGUGCCGUACUCUAACGACAUGGGCUGCACCGACUCACCUGGAUACGACCUGCCACACUGCCCUCCCUGUGACACACACAGAGGUCAGUACAGACUCAGUGAAGGUCGAGGCUGUUUUCACAAAGUGGGACUUCCUCUGAUUGAAAACAGCAGCAUCGUCCAGCAGCCGCUCGACCUGUGGACCCUCACCCAGACGUACCAGUCCGCUGCCCUGGACAACAUCCACCACGCAAGGAGGAGCGGUCAGCCCUUUCUGCUGUACAUGGCCCUGGCUCACAUGCACGUCCCUCUGGCCCCCCGCCACAGCCGCCCUCUGACCCCUGACCGUGUGUACGCCGCCGCUCUGCAGGAGAUGGACGGCCUGGUGGGGGCGCUGACGAGUGCUGCGGAGGGUUCUGACACCCUGAUCUGGUUCACAGGAGAUAACGGGCCGUGGGAGCAGAAGUGUCAGUUUGCAGGAAGCGUGGGGCCCUUCAAAGGGACGUGGCAACUGACCAAAGGUGGAGGUUCAGCCAAAAGAACGACUUGGGAAGGAGGCCAUCGAGUGCCAACUGUGGCGUACUGGCCCGGCAAGAUUUCUCCAAACACAACCAGCUCUGCCCUAAUGAGUGGGAUGGAUAUUUUCUCCACUGUUCUGGCGCUGGCUGGAGUGACGCCGCCCUCAGACAGACGUUACGACGGGACUGAUGCCACUGAUGUCCUCUUGAAGGGGGCGGAGACUGGCCGCGAGUUCUUGUUCCACCCGAACAGUGGUGCGGCGGGUCAGUACGGAGAUCUGCAGACCGCUCGCUCAGGGAAAUACAAAGCUUUUUACAUGACAGGUGCAGCAGAGGCAUGUGGCGGGGAGACAGGGAGUGCCGAGCUCCAUGACCCUCCUUUGGUCUUUGACCUGGGGGCAGAUGAGGAGGAGCGGAGCCCACUGGACCCUGAGUCAGCAGAGUACCAGGACGUGGUCCACAGGAUGUCCUGUGGGAGAGAGCAGCUGCUCUGGGACAUCGCCACAGACACAUCUGUGUCUACAGCAGACUACAGCACUGACCCCUCGGCUGCACCCUGCUGGCCUCAGCGGGGCCUCAGCAGGGCCUCUGCAGGGCCUCAGCAGGGCCUCUGCAGGGCCUCAGCGGGGCCUCAGCAGGGCCUCUGCAGGGCCUCAGCAGGGCCUCCGCAGGGCCUCAACGGGGCCUCAGCGGGGCCUCAGCAGGGCCGUAGCGGGGCCUCAGCAGGGCCUCAGCGGGGCCUCAGCAGACUAAACAUCACGAGUGAAUAA